AUGGCGCCGCUGUUCCAGCACAUGCGGUUCUACCUCUCCCAGACGCUCGCGGCAAGCGACAGGGUCGAGCUCAGGCAGCUCAUCGAGCAAGAGGGCGGCACCGUCUCUUCCAGUACUGCAAGCGCCGUCCAACUCGUCGACUUGGACGCACUGGACGCGCGUCAUCCCGAGUGGAUUUCGACAGACUUUGUCAAAGACUCUGUCGCGUCUCAGGCGCUGCAGCAGUUGCCCUCGUACUCGGGCACAAUCUUUGCAAUGAACAACAGCGACCAGAAGGAGAGAGGAGAGACGUCCGUGGAGCCCGCACGACAUGGUCGGCUCAAGUAUACAGUGGAAGACGACGCGAGGAUGCUGCACUUUGUUAAAACGAGGGACUGGAAGGCCAUGCAACCUGUUCCGGAGAGCGCGUGGAGACUCGCCGAGAACGAGCACGUGACGGCCCACUCGGCUUCGAGCAUGCACGAGCACUUUAGGAAGCAGUUGCAGCGAAAGACGCCCGCGGAGCAGCGGCUUAUUUUGGCCAAAGCAGCGGCGUUGGUAAGAUCGAGGAUGCUGGAGAAGAAACCGGCAGGCGCACUGGAGAAGGAGAAAGCGUCGCCUCGAACACGCGCGAUCUCACGUGGAACAUCGCUGCAGGAUGUCCCGACGCUAGAGCACACGACGUUGACGCAAGCGUCGAGGCAACCUCUGAGCUCCGAAAGUAGCCAUAGCGGAGCUGUGACACCUGAGAUGCCGGUUAGGGAGACCCAACCGCCGACGAUCAAGGAGGAGAAAUGCAGUGCAAGAGACAAGAGGACGCGUAUCAGGAAGCCCCAGUCCCCACUAGGAAUUGCUCAGCGGAUCCAAAGAGAUAGUGUCCCGACGACAUGCAGAGGUAUCACUUUUCCAGCACCGACGGACGCAAUCCCAGGUCAGUCUGGCCUUGUCACGCCGGCAGUGGACACUUUGGUGGCCCAUGCUACACAGAGAGGCCCAGAAAAAAGAGAACAGGGUACAGACGAGAAGCAGCAAAAGCGUAAGCGCGGAACAACAAGCAUCGGGGUCGCUGUCAGCCAACAUCCAAGUCCAUCCGAUUGUGACACGGACACCAGUAACGCUAACGACGUUGAAAGCGAGACUCGUGAACAUGAUGGCGUCUUCUUCCGAAGUGCCUGGGCCGAGCUGGCCAACGAUCAUACAAAGAGGAGAACGCUGCAGAGGCUAUUUGAGCCUAGUUCGACACUUUCUUCGCCAGGAAGCCAAGCAAGUAGUACUGUACCUGCGGUUACGCGGUGGAACGCCGUUGACGAGUCAGCAAGUGAUGUCGCGAGAGAAGAAAGUAGUGGCUUUUGCAGUGUGCCGCAGCGAACAAUAAAGACAGUGGAGCACGCUACAGACGAGGAAGCCGAUCACAUUAUCUGCCAGCUGCAAUUUGACACACAUCAAGACAUGCCGGCAGUGAUACACGCUAUUUACUAUUGUAGUGGCGACGUCGAUAUGGCCAGAAGUUUUCUGAAAGGUACAAUGCCAUCAGGCAUGUGGUCUGCUGAAGAUGACCUCCUGGUCACGAACUUGGUGGCUGAGGACGUUGUCAACCGUAUUGCUGUCGAUGCUGCUGUGACUCGUGGCGAUUUCGCCUCGAUGCGUGCACACCGCGAUACGGACGCCAUCGUGAAACGAGUUGAGUUUUUGCGGUGA